CCGGCCCCGACCCCUCCCGCCCCCGGCCCCCUCGCCCCGACCCUCCCCCGGCCCCCGCCUCGCCCCGCCGGCUUCCCACCACGGCCUCUCUCGGCGAGGAAACUCUGGCCUCCGCUUCCUCCUCCUCCGACUCGGACGCCGGCGGAGCCUCCCCGCCCCCGCGGAAGAAACCCCGAGCCUCGGCGGCGGAGGGAGCAGGAGAGCCCGGGGCUUCGGCAGGCAGAGCAGGCCUCUCCCCUCCGUCCUCGUCGUCCUCGUCCUCGUCGUCGUCGUCGUCCUCCUCCUCCUCCUCCUCCUCCGUGGUGGUGGUGGUGGGACUGCCCCCGGCCGCUGCCCCCGCCGCCCCCCACCGAAGUAGCGGCCACAGCCUGGUCAGCGGCAGCAUCAUGCAGGCCAACGGGGCAGGAGGAGGAGGAGGAGGCGGCGGCGGCGGCGGCGGCGGAGGGGGCGGCGGGGGCCAGGGACAGACCCAGGAGCUGGCCUGCCUGUCGGCCCAGAACGGGGAGUCGUCCCCCUCGUCGUCGUCGUCCGCGGGGGACCUGGCCCACGCCAACGGGCUGCUGCCUUCCGCCCCCUCCGCCGCCAGCAACAAUAGCAACAGCCUGAAUGUCAAUAACGGGGUCCCCGGCGGGGCCGCCGCCGCCGCCGCAGCCGCCGCCGCCGCAGCCUCGGCCGCCGCCGCCGCCUCCUCGGCCACCCCGGAGCUGGGCAGCAGCCUCAAGAAGAAGAAGCGGCUCUCCCAGUCCGACGAGGAUGUCAUUCGGCUCAUAGGACAGCACUUGAAUGGCUUAGGGCUCAACCAGACUGUUGAUCUCCUCAUGCAAGAGUCAGGAUGUCGUUUAGAACAUCCUUCUGCCACCAAAUUCCGAAAUCAUGUCAUGGAAGGAGACUGGGAGAAGGCAGAAAAUGACCUGAAUGAACUAAAGCCUUUAGUGCAUUCUCCUCAUGCUAUUGUGGUAAGAGGCGCACUUGAAAUCUCUCAAACGUUGUUGGGAAUAAUUGUGAGGAUGAAGUUUUUGCUGCUGCAGCAGAAGUACCUGGAGUACCUGGAGGACGGCAAGGUCCUGGAGGCACUUCAAGUUCUGCGCUGCGAGUUGACGCCCCUGAAGUACAACACGGAGCGCAUUCAUGUCCUCAGCGGGUAUCUGAUGUGUAGCCAUGCAGAAGACCUACGUGCAAAAGCAGAAUGGGAAGGCAAAGGAACGGCUUCCCGAUCCAAACUGUUGGACAAACUGCAGACGUAUUUGCCGCCAUCAGUGAUGCUUCCCCCACGGCGUUUACAGACUCUCCUGCGGCAGGCGGUGGAAUUACAGAGGGAUCGGUGCCUAUAUCACAACACCAAACUCGAUAAUAACCUAGAUUCUGUGUCUCUGCUUAUAGAUCAUGUUUGUAGUAGGAGGCAGUUCCCAUGUUAUACUCAGCAGAUACUUACGGAGCAUUGUAAUGAAGUGUGGUUCUGUAAAUUCUCCAACGACGGCACUAAACUAGCCACAGGAUCGAAAGAUACCACAGUUAUCAUAUGGCAAGUCGAUCCGGAUACACACCUGCUAAAACUGCUUAAAACCUUAGAAGGACACGCUUACGGCGUCUCCUACAUCGCGUGGAGUCCGGACGACAGCUACCUUGUUGCUUGUGGCCCAGACGACUGCUCUGAGCUCUGGCUUUGGAAUGUACAGACGGGAGAGCUAAGGACAAAAAUGAGCCAGUCUCAUGAGGACAGUUUGACGAGUGUGGCUUGGAAUCCAGAUGGGAAGCGCUUCGUAACUGGAGGUCAGCGUGGCCAGUUCUACCAGUGUGAUUUAGACGGGAACCUCCUUGACUCCUGGGAAGGGGUGAGAGUGCAAUGCCUUUGGUGCUUGAGCGAUGGCAAGACUGUUCUGGCAUCAGACACACACCAGCGCAUCCGGGGGUACAACUUCGAGGACCUUACAGAUAGGAACAUAGUACAAGAAGAUCAUCCCAUUAUGUCUUUUACUAUUUCCAAGAAUGGCCGAUUAGCUUUGUUAAAUGUAGCAACUCAGGGAGUUCAUUUAUGGGACUUGCAAGACAGAGUUUUAGUAAGAAAGUAUCAAGGUGUCACGCAAGGGUUUUAUACGAUUCAUUCAUGUUUUGGAGGCCAUAACGAAGACUUCAUCGCUAGUGGCAGUGAAGAUCACAAGGUUUACAUCUGGCACAAGCGUAGCGAGCUGCCAAUUGCGGAGCUGACAGGGCACACGCGCACAGUGAACUGUGUGAGCUGGAACCCACAGAUCCCAUCCAUGAUGGCCAGCGCCUCAGACGAUGGCACUGUUAGAAUAUGGGGACCAGCACCUUUUAUAGACCACCAGAAUAUUGAAGAGGAAUGCAGUAGCAUGGAUAGUUGAUGGCGAAUGUGGAGCAGACGACUUCUGUUUAACUUAAAAUUAGUCGUAUUUUAAUGGCUUGGGAUUUGGUGCAAACAAACAUGAUUGAUAGCUGGACAGACAUGCUCGUCAUGAAAAAAGAACCAUUUCUGAAGCCCGAUUGGGGCCAAACAUUUACACCUUGCUUCAUAGUAACCAGUUGAGAUGAAGCACGUCGUUAGAACGUUGUUGGACACCAUGUUGAAUUAUCCCCCCAUCGGUUGUGAAGAACUGUGCUACAUUCAGGCUUACCCAUUGAACUCAGUAUAUAUAUUUUUUUCCCUCCUGCCUUUUGUCUGGUGGGAUACCAUUCUUGUUGCUCUUCUGUGUAAUGAAGUUUAAAUGCUUGUUUGGAAAACUUUAUUUAACAGUUUAGAAGGCUUGAUAGAAGGAGUGCAUUAGUCUGAAGAGUAUACAUUGGAUAGGAAAGAAUUUCCUUCUUUUGUUUCUCCAAAAUCUUUCCGCCUUAUUUAGCUUGAGAUCUUUGCAGCUUGGUUCAUGGAUUCUAGCCUUGCCCGUUGCGCAGUAUAUACUGAUCCAGAUGAUAAACCAGUGAACUAUGUCAAAAGCACUCUCAAUAUUACAUUUGACAAAAAGUUUUGUACUUUUCACAUAGCUUGUUGCCCCGUAAAAGGGUUAACAGCACAAUUUUUUAAAAAUAAAUUAAGAAGUAUUUAUAGGAUUAAAGUGACUUCAUUUGUAUACAUUUGGAAUCUAAACCAGCUUCAAAAAGUUUCCUCUCUGAUGUAGAUAACGCAGUAUAACUGAUGCUCUUCUACAAUCCCACGUGAGACUUGCCCAGAAACAGUGCUUGGAAGGACAUUGCACAGGGAAUCCAGAGUCAUACCGUGAAGGUUUCCCUUCCCCCCUUUUGUUUUAUUCCUGAAGGAACAGCAGUACCUGAUGUUGAAGAAAUUCAAGAUUAAAAAGAGAAUUUUAAAUCUCUACCAACAGGAGAGAUCAGUAGUCCACUUAGGUUCGCACCAAAGCACAUUCCAAGUUGUUCUCGGCUUGGGAAGGUGUUCUGGUGCGAUCCAGCGGGAGCAUGGCGAUGAGGCGUAACCACUGGGGAAGUUCCUAGUCUACUUGAGCUUGUCCGAAGAAUUCAGCAGGUUCGAGACAGACCGAAACUGGGUUUAAAACCUCACAGUCCUUGAUCUUAAUGGCCCUUGAUAUUCUGACCUGUAGAGAUACAUAAAUUGACAGAAUGCUCCUUCUCAGUUUUCCGGAUAUUGCCAUACUGAACCUCAUUCUAUACUGGUGCUGUGGGUAGUCCUUGCCUCCCCUCCCCCUUUAGCUUAAGGAAAGGUCUCUUUUGUGGAAAAGCACUUUUAACCCUGAGAAUUUCACAUUUAGAAUAAGCCAAAAGCCUGAUGUUCACAUUGUGCUUUUAAACCCCGUAACAGCUGAAUGCAGCCGACUUCGUCUCCUUGAGACCCCCUCCCUCCCCUUCUCGGUAGAGGCUCCGGGGGGGCCGCAGCUGUUACGCUGGGAGGAGGGGUGGGAGUACCCCCGAGAUAAGAUUCUGGUGAAGCAAAGGGCUUGUACUAAGUCCCCUUUGGGGCCAGCCAAGCCUGCCAUCUGGUCUGUCACCGGCCUGAGUUGGCGCCCUCAGGACCCAGAGCGGGGAAAGGCUUGGGUGUCAGGAACUGUCCCGUGGGCGCGGGGCAGGGCGGCCGCAGGGAGAAGCGGGGCAGUCAGGGAGGGGAGAAGAAAGACAAACACAUUUGGCCUUAAACUAGCACGGGUUCUCCCAAAAGCUCAUAGUACAAGAAAGUGACGGACCGUGGUCAGCAGAUUAUUUUAUCAAAUUGGUAUGUAAAAGAUUUCUUUAAGCUCCAUUUUGCAGAGACCACCACUUAGAGAAUCAAGAAUUCCUGUUUUGAUACUUCUGAGUUACAAUAACUAUAUGUUACAGUUUAUCUGGUACUUCAUUUUUCUUAAAUUACUUUUUACUUUGAGCUUGAAUAAAAGUCUUCAUUGGUAACUGUAUAUAAUUAAGUGGCAACUUCUCUUUACCUCAGUGCAGUUAAACCCAUUCGUGUUUUCAGUGAUUCGCUAAACCCCGAAGCCGUUAAUGUGCCCCAGUCUCUACGGAAACGUCCGCAUGAUCGGUGGGCAGAGAGGGGCGGCAGCGGCACUGAGCUGAUGCAGUGGCCCGGGGCCACUGCUGACGCCCCCUGGGAGCCCUGCCUGGCCCGCAGUCUGUCCCGGGCUUCACCCAGCCAGCCCCAGAUGGGAGCUUUUCCUGUGAAAAACACUGUUUAAAAGGGGGGGGGGGGCGGGGGCAUAGAGGUGAGGCGCAUUUUACAAAGAGCAUACCUCCCCUAAGUUAGCAGAGUGACAAGGGUGCCCGCAGAGCAGCUGAGGGAGCGCACUCUGGGCCCCCGGGCCACGCGGGGACUGUGCUAGGCAAGGUCACCAUGAAGACACCUAGGACGGGCUGAGCCGUAGCUGUAACCUGACAGCCUCUGACGGUGCCGCCAUCUGUAGGCUCAAGAGUGGGGACACGGGCAAGCCAGCACAGGAUACUAACAAAUGUGUAAACUGAAAAGUACCAAUACUUUUUGCACAUAGAUCAAAAUAGAGGAGAGAAUUUGGGCUCCAAAAAUCAGGUUAGUAGGCUCAUUCCCAUGUGCUUAAAAAUGUUUUUGUUGUUCAUCGAUUAAGGGGCUGGAGUGAGUAUGAAAUUAAAUGUCUUUUUCCUCCAAACAAUCGGUUCCGGCUAGUACAGCGUUGAACUUGAGGAUCAGGGCCGGGUUGGAGGGGGAUGAAGAGCCGCGGGGGGCGGGGCGGGCACAGCUUUCCUUCUGGGCCUCGUGUCAUUAGUGUUCGUCCCGACUCCAUUUCUGCUACUCUUCUAGGCCAGGCGAACACGUUGUGUUAAACCAGGUAAGUAGUCUAACCAGGAGAUUUGCAGGCGUCCCGACAGAUGGGCCCAUUUUAGCGGGUGGGAGAACAGACAGGGGUUACCUAGCUUUAAGUACGAACGAGCUGAUUAAAGGAACCUGCUAUUUGAGAGGGAAACAAACAAAAAGUCCCAGUUUAGGUCUGUAUUUUCAUCUGCACACACCCCCGGAGAAAUAGGGCGGUUUCUGUUCUCGGGCGUGUUCUCCCUCCAGAACGGUGUUCUGUGACAUUAAUAGAAAACCCUUCUUUCCCACCCCUCCCCGUCUUGAAAUUUUCUUUUUUAGGCUGUUGUUUCCUGCACUCGAACUGACCCUAUCACCUCUGCUCAGUGGUAAAUAGACCGCACAUCUCUUGAAAGGGAGCUAUCUGAGUCCGUUUCUAUGACAGCAGAAGAAUGGCUGCUUUUGAAUGGGGAGGAAAGAAGACCUUUCUCUCAAUAUCCUUUGUGUCCCAUCUCCAAAAUGUAUAAACAUCCUGAUUUCGUUUUACAUCAGUCUGUCAUUUAGACCCCAGCAGCUCUUUUGGCCUUAUUCUCCAGAAUUUCCUACUUGCAUUUUCAAAACCAUAUCUGAUUUCCUAGAAACGGCUAACUUUAAAAGAAGUGACUUUGCAUUUAUUUACACUUAGACACUUUCUAAAAACAGGGUGAACUCAAUUGAAGUUCUCAGUGUUGUUAAGCUAUUGUUACAGUAGGUGCCCCAUAGUUGCAGAAACAAAACCUGUAAAAACCCAUCCCCUGUCACUUAAUCCAGAUAGGCUGGAUUUACUGAAACUAACAGUAUGAAAACGUGUGUGUGCGUGCGUGCGCGUGCGUGUCGUGCGUCUGUGUGGGGGAGAGCGCUUAAUCCAUGAAAAGUCCUGGAAGCCGCUUUCUGGGUUCUUGUCGAUUUUACUAGUCUUGUGCACGUGUGAAGUGCCCUCUCUUGAGUUUAGGGUCUGGUUAAUACUGGUAUAUUUUUAUAAGAUUCAGAUGUGUCCCCAUCUUUAACUCAAGCAUUUUCAUUAUCAGGGUCACUGUGCUAAAAUCGAAUUGCAACAUUUUUAGGCACAGAUGGAAAAAAAUGUCAUUGGCUCCUUGAAAACGUGUGUAUAUGUGUGGUGAGGGGAUAGAUCCACAGGAGCAUGUUUGUACUUACAAACCAAGCUGGAGAGAUCGCGAACAGGACUUAAGUGCUGAUCUCAAGACACCUAAAUUGUCAAGAUUUCCAUGGCAUUGUGAUGGAACUGGCUGACACGUAGAGCUUUCGGUCUGUAAUAACUAUUUGCUAUGGACGGAUUCAGUGUUUCAGAGGAUUGUGUUCUUAAAUUUGGGGGGUUCUGGGUUUUUGGUUCUUGGUUUUUUUUUAACUGCCUCAGAUUAUAUUUAGUAGUUUAAAUUUCUUUGCUUUAUUAUUUCAUUAAAGCAUAAAAACUUCA